UCCGCUGAUCUGUAAACAAACAUGGCAGCGGGCGAUGGCGGCGGCCGCGGGCGGCCCUGAGGUUCUGUGAGCGCCGGUGUCUGCCCGGGCUGCGGGCGGGCGGGCGGCUCCGCCUGCUCCUCGAGCAGGGGCUGCGGCCAGGCGGAUCGGGGCUGGCGGCACACAUGGAUGACAGCAAGGUGGUUGGAGGCAAGGUAAAGAAACCAGGCAAACGAGGUCGUAAACCAGCCAAAAUAGACUUGAAGGCAAAACUUGAAAGAAGUCGUCAGAGUGCAAGAGAGUGCAGAGCCAGGAAGAAGCUGAGGUACCAGUACCUGGAAGAACUGGUUUCAAGCAGAGAGAGAGCCAUCUGUGCUCUCAGAGAAGAGCUUGAAAUGUACAAGCAGUGGUGCAUGGCCAUGGACCAAGGGAAAAUCCCCUCGGAAAUAAAAGCCCUGCUAACUGGAGAGGAGCAAGGCAAAGCACAGCAGAACUCAACCAAACUUGCCAAGGCUGCAAAGACAGAGGCAAACAGCAGCAAUCCCUGAGGCUGAUGCAGAACCUUCCAUGCUGCAGCAGAGUUGGCUUGGGAGCUGGCAGGAGGAAGAAUGCUGUUCUGAAGAGUGGCUGCAUCCCCAGGUGCAGGGGGAAGGAUCCCAGGCUGUUCUCUUCUCUUUGCUCCUCCCCACAUGAAAUUCUUUGAUUAUGGUGCUCCUAAAGCUUUGUGGGUGGGACUUUUGGAGCAGCAGGUGUUGGUGUAAGUGGAGCCUUGUUCUUCCUUUCUCUACACUGCCCUCCCCAAAUACGGCUAUGGCAGCUUUGGGGUGUUCCCAGCACAAGAGUGAGGCUGCUUUUAUGUCAGAGCCCAGAAUUAGGCUGGCUUUGUGUUUGGUGGUUAUGUGGUUGUUAACUGUUGUGGGAGUGUGGGAGGUUCUGUAAAAGAAAACCAAGAGAAGGAUCUUGUGACAGCUUUGCUGAAGCCAAGCCCAGUAUUGUAGGUUGAGGAGAAGGAGCUGGAUCAAAAUGUUUCAAUAAGAUUGAUAGCAAUGUCAUUUGUAACCUAAAGGCAGGUGUUGCUCUUGUCAUCCAUCUUUAAUGCAGCAUGUCUUUUGUGUGACUGGGAUUCUUAAAGAGAUACUAGAUACAUUUCCUGCUUGUCCUGGUUUAGGGCAAAUUUGGGAGGAAACUUCCAAAUUGGUCCCUCUAGAAAGCAGAUUCAAGCAACCGCUCCCCUCAAGAUUUCCUUGGAGAAAAGUGGAAAAAUCUGUUUAUUUAACAAGCAAAGUAUUCACAAGCAUAAAAAAGGAAUAAUAUUAAACAAACCUCUCCCUGUUCUGAAGAGAUGGCACAUUCAGAAAAUCCUUUUCAUUGGGUGUGGUAGGCUUGCUCAGUCUCUCCUCCUGCACUGGAAAAUGCUGCAUCCCAGGCUGUGGGGGGCUGCAGGCAUGAGCUCCUGUGUUUUUCUGGGUUUUCAGUUCAGAGCAGGGCCAAUGAGUUCCACGAAAAAGAAGCACCACAGUGUGGGGAACUUCUCUGCCUCAGCUAGCUAAAGAAGCUGACUAAAGGCAAAGGAGAGCUCUGUCCUGCUGUCCAUGCUGCAGACAGCACAGUCUGUGAGAGGCAAUGAGGGGAGCAAGUGCAGUUUCUGCAAACAAGCUCUGCUCUUCUUCUCCUGCCCUUUGCUCUCAGAACCAGUCUUAAAGGUGCAGAACUUAAUAUCCAGCAUAAACAGAACAGACAGCUGGGGCUCCAAGCAUCAUAAAGUCACCCUAGGGCAUCACUUCUGCCCAUCCUUCUUCCAGCGGGUGCAUUUUCCACACACUCUGCUCCUGGGAAGACAGUCAAGGCAUGUCCCUGCAGCCUGCUUCCAGCAGGGGAGCAGCUGCCAUUCCCUCUCACCCACUGUGCCCUGAUACCUUUCCAUAGCUGCCUACAUUUUGGGCCCUAGUACCUUUCUGGACAGCAGCUUAAUGUGAAUUCUGCUCUGCUGUCCUGGUUUCCCAGCCAAAGACAUUGCCAGGAACUGGUAGCAAGGAAAGCAAGUGGAAUCAGUUUGGUUUUGUAGUAAGAAAGGUGAUGGCAAAACUCUUGUGGGUUAAUGACCAAGACAUGUACUCAUCCCAGUUAUUGACAGAUAACCUGCCACUUUCCUCAGACUGCUCUUUCUCCUGGAUAUGCUUUUUGUAUUCUCAUGAUGCAAUGUGGAGAGUGGAGCUCCUGGGGUUUUCAGAGGGUGUUUGGCUUGCUUAUUCUGUUUUGUUUAUGACAGUGUCUUUCUCUGUAUUUUAUGCAAUGCAUGGAACAUUUUUUAAUCUUCUAUUUUCAGCAUUGUUUCAUAGAAUAAAUAUUAUAAUGAAUGACUUUG